CAUGUGUGGGAGUACAGACCGCACGGAGGGCGCUCGGUGCGGGUCGGUUGUGCGGUUCCCCUGGAUGGAGAUCUCGGGAUAUCCAGUUCCCAGCCGGCUGCAGACCUCUGCCUAGUGGAGGAGAGUGGGCGCAAUGGCCGGGGGCAGAGUUGCGUGCCAGACCCCUCCGGUGAGCGGACUGCUGCCCCUGCUGGGACUAUGGCUGGCAGUCCCUGCCCUGCUGCUGGCGGAGACCCUGGUGGAUGGAUGUGGACACAUUGUCUGUAAUGAAGAAAGUGGAACGAUAACUUCGAAGAACUAUCCUGGCACCUAUCCCAACUACACCCAGUGCUCAGUCACAAUCCGAGUACCUGUGGGGAAAAGUCUGUACGUGAAGCUGGCAGACCUGGAUAUAGAAGCCCGAGACUGUGACUCUGCUUAUCUUAAAAUCUACAAGGGAUCAAAUGAUGAGGAAGUUGCUAGCUAUUGUGGAAACCAGAACACAGCAUCUAAAGAGCUUUAUCUGGACACCAAUGAGGUCAGGAUCCGUUUCGAGAGCAGGCUCCAUGUGUCUGGACGUGGAUUUUUAAUCAACUUUGCCAGCAGUGAUCAUCCAGAUUUGAUCACUUGCCUGGCCCGUUCCAACCACUAUAGAGAUACUGAAUACAGCAGGUUCUGUCCAGCUGGCUGUAGAGAUGUUGAAGGGGAUAUAUCGGGGGAUGUGCAAGAAGGCUAUAGAGAUACUUCAUUACUUUGCAAAGCGGCAAUUCAUGCUGGCGUUAUUGCAGAUGAACUUGGUGGUCGGAUUCAUCUCUCCCAAUACAAAGGAGCAAGUCGUUACAGAGGGGUGCUGGCCAAUGGAAUCUUCUCAAAAGAUGGCUCACUUUCAGAACGGAGAUUUGUGUUUAACAGUCUUGAUUGCAGCACUUCGCUUACUGGAGGAAAUGGAGCCGACAAAUUUUCAGCUACCUCAUCCUGGGAGUGGAGCGGUGAGACUGGUGAAGUGAUACAGUGGUCUGCUGGAAAGGCACAUCUCAACACCCCAGGCGUAUCUUGGGCAUCCAGUCAUCAGUCCGACCGUGAAUGGCUAGAAAUUGAUUUAGGAGACAAAAAGAAAAUAACUGGUAUUGUAACUACAGGAUCCACGUUGCCAAACUUUAACUUUUACGUGAAAUCUUAUAUCAUCAGCUAUAAAAGAGAUGGAUCCAAGUGGAGGACUUACAAGGGGGCAUUGAGCACUGAAGAAAAGGUGUUGGAGGGCAACUCAAACUUUGAGGAUCAUACUCGUAACAACUUAAUUCCUCCAGUUGUGGCUCGGGUUCUUCGGAUAAUACCACGGACCUGGAACCAAAGGAUAGCCAUGAAAGUGGAACUAAUGGGAUGUUCGCUUGCACAAACUCACAACUCAUCCACUCAUCCCAUGUGGAAGAAGCCGAAUGAGAAGAAUCGAAAAAAUGUUGCCAUAAAAGAAGACAAGAACAUCACUGAGCCCGUUCCUUCUGAGGAAAAUGAUUUUGGCUGGAAACUGAUAGUAAUUUUUACAACAUUGGCAGUGGUGGUGUGUGUAUUUAUAACGGUCAUCUGUAUAUGCAUAUCAAGAAGAAAACGAUUCAAAACAGACACAUACAAGACUGAAGAACAAAAUGGUGAUUGCUGGAAGCAACUCGAGCAGCCAUUCAUGAGACAGCAGUCCACAGAGUUCACUAUCAGUUACACUAGUGACAAGGAUAUUCUGCAGAAGUUUGACCUUGUCAAGUGCGACACAGAAGAUUACGAGCAGAACCUUAUGAUCGGCACGGGCACCGUCACAAGAAAGGGAUCCACCUUUAGGCCAAUGGACAACGAUAAUAAAGAUACAUUUGGAGGCCAGGAAAAAGAAAACCACUAUGACUGCCCUCUCAGAACCAAUGAUUACGCCCUGCCUCUCAGUUUUCCUGAGCCAGAGUAUGCCACCCCCAUCAUCGAGCGCCACAUAAUGAGGGACCACACGUUCUCACCAGAGUCUGGUUACAAUGUCCCGGCGGUAUCUCUGGGCCGCAAACAAUCCUUCUCUGCUGUCAGCUUUUCCAUUUCUUCCAGUGCGGAGAACAGUAGUGGAGACUACCAAACGCCUCACAGCAUACACAUUGAAGAGUGUGACUAUGAUAGGCCCAAGGUGCACAGUACAUGGGCGGUGGAGGACAGCGGUGACUAUCAGAAGCCCCAGUUCUGCACUUUAGUAGCUGAAGGCUACUCUUCACCACGGGACUGUUUAAAGCCCAUAAAUCAGACUGCAAUAACUGCCCUCUUAUGACUAGCUCCUGGGGACUAUGUGUAUAGAGAGCCCCGUAUGUGAAUGUUACUGCACAGCUGCUGAAGAGCAAUGGUGUUUACAUAGAUAUUCUAGGAUUUCCAUGGUAAAGUUCAGGAUACAUACAGUAUCUGCAGCCCAGGUUACUUAGUGAAAUAUGUGCAAUGUGUACAGAAGAUAUUUAAGAGACUUAAUCACUUUAUUAGCUCUGUACAGACUUGACGUCAUACUUGAUCUGCGUGUAGUCAAUGCGCUCCCGGCAUUGCUACACUUGACUUUACUUGGUGCUUUAGCGUUGUUCUUUUUUUUUUUUUUUCAUAAACACUGUGAAUGUUUGACAUGGAAUUCACUUUAAUUUAUAUUGCCUGUAAGACAGGAACUGAUGAGCCCGGAUCUGUUACAUGAUGGACGCCACAGACUUCUAAUGGAUCCGUCAGGUUUCCGGCAUUUGUGACUGAAUCUGUGAUUGAGGGUCCUACCUCCAACACAGACGUGAACAGAACCUUGGCUGCGGAUGGCAGCUGUGAAGUUGACUAUACCAGGUCUGAUCAUUUGGCCAACUGGAAACAUUUCACAGAAAAUCUGGGCCAUUUACAGUCAGAUUUUGUGAAAUCUUUGCAUUAAAGGGUUUCUACCACUUAGGUGUCACAUAUUUAGCUGUCAGACACUAGC